GGUGCCCAAGAAGUAAAACUUCAUGUCAGUAUCCCAAUACACGUGUUUGGAUGUUUCUUGAAGAAAAAUUGAAAUACAAACACAUUUUUUAGUUAGGAAAGGUAAAGAAUAAGAUCAUUUAGAAAAUGAGCUUCGCCAACACCAAAUGUGUAGUUGAAGAGGGGGACACUGUUAUUAUUUAUGUAAAUCCACAAGCUAUGUAUGCUUUACAAGUUAAACCCCUAAUUGCUACUAAAAAAGGCGAUAUGGUUGAAAACAUUUUUCAAACUGCAUAUGGUGCCUUAAAAGUUCAGGAACUUGUAGGGAAAAAGUUCGGACAUAAAGUGCAAUUUUCUCGUGGUUGGGGUUAUCUUCUUCAUCCAACACCUGAACUGUGGACAUUAAACCUUAAACAUCGGACUCAAAUCCUUUACACACCUGAUAUAAGCUUGAUUGUAAUGCAACUGGAUUUAAAAGCUGGCUCGGUUAUUGUUGAAUCAGGAACUGGAAGUGGAUCUCUCUCUCAUGCUAUCUUAAGAGCUAUUGCACCCACUGGUCAUUUGCAUACUUUUGAUUUCCAUCAACAGAGAGUUGAGAUUGUGACACAGGAAUUUUCAGAUCAUGGAUGGGAACCAUUUGUUACUGCCAAACAGAGAGAUGCCUGCAAGGAUGGUUUUGACUUGGAAAAUGUAGCUGAUGCAGUCUUUUUAGACCUUCCAAAUCCAUGGCUUGCAAUUCCUCAUGCUGUCAAGGCUUUGAAAAAAUCAGGAGGAAGAAUCUGUACCUUCUCCCCAUGUAUUGAGCAAACUCAAAAGACAUGUGAAGGUUUGCUGGCUGAAGGAUUCAAAUAUAUUGAGACAAUGGAAUGCCUCCAGAGAGAGUACCAAGUAAAAAACAUCACCUUACCUGAGAUUGAUGACUACAAUUUCUCCUUUUGUAAUACCCCAGAAACGAACUGUGAAGGUAAUCAGAAAAAAGAUGAUCGCAAAUUUAGAGCGGUACUUCCAGCUUUACAAAUGGCAGGACACACCGGUUAUCUUACUUUUGCUACGUGGCCGCGUCAGUCAGAAAAGUGCCAGACAUGAUGAACUUGUAUUAAAAGAUUGUUGUGUAAAGUUAUUAAUCAUCUCUGAAAAUACAUCAUCAAUCAAUAUU